GAAAUUCUCAUUUUCGGUACUAUUUCGAAUCUGUUCCAGUGUUCCUGUUUUGCGAUAAUGGAUGGCUACGAAAAACUCGCUGCGCUCAUGGGGGAGAAGCCAACCCUUGGGAUCUUUCGGCGCUUUUCGUCACUUGGUGCGAAGAACCUGCUCUAUCUUCAGGCAGAAUUAGUCUCUCUUGAAUCAGAAUUAAAGAGAUGUGUGGCGGAAGACAAUUCGUCAGGCGACGCCGAGAAACUUGAAUAUGCUGUAAAUUGGUAUUCCUUGAUGCGGUCCGAGGAAAAGGGCGAGAGCAUGCAGUGGACAAUUAUGCGAGAUAUUCGAAGGAAACUUGGGGAGUAUAAUGAAGCUUUCAUGCAGCAAACCUUCAUGGCAUCGACUCAGUCGCCUGCCCCGACAGACUUGGAUUUCUUGAAGCAAUGGCUUCAGCGGGGAAAGCAGGGCAACUGUGCUCUCACCGGUCUAGACAAUGAUGUGUGGGAUAUUUCCGCCUCAUCUGAACUUACAGCGCUCAAGAGGCAGAAAUCCGAUGAUCAAGUCUCAUAUUGGGUGCUAAAUCGAUUUAUCGUCUGGUGGCACCGCCACUUCUCUCGAUUACACAAAUCUGACUCUGAGAAUUUGUACGUGGAAUACAAGGAUCAUAAGUUGUUGAAAAUCGCAAUGGUCCUUGGGACAGCCGUAGCAACUUUACUUCCUCUCACAUCCAUCGUGGUGCUGUACCUGGUCACCAAUCUGGGAUUGCGGUUGGGUCUUGUAGCGUGCUUCACAUUUAUUUUCUCUUUGCUGCUGGUCACCAUGACAAGAGCAAGAAUGAUCGAGAUAUUCUCUGCCACUUCAGCCUUUGCUGCUGUUCAGGUGGUAUUUGUUGGGGGUACCAAUAUUUCGUAGCAAUCAUUCCACUUUACCGCUGGUGUGCGGUGAGCGGGGGCCAUGGUGCAUUAUUUGGUAUUUUACUAAGGUAUUUCCAAUGGCAUAGAACACUUCUCUACGGAUCUUAACUAUUUGGGCGAUACCGAAUUUCGUUUCGCCACUCGGCUCGAGGGAC